AUGACGACGAGAGAUAGGUCUAUGCUUAGCGUGUCACCCGGCCGUUCCCACAUUCAUCAGGCGGCUUCUGUGUCUCCGCAAAUCCGCCUCUCGCCCAUGCCCAGUUCCUCCGACACCUUUAAUCAGUUGACGCGCGGUUUGACUGCCCCCCACAGGAACCGGCUGGAAUCUAACACCAUGAUGACAGAUGGAGUUGCUUCCGUUGCAAGGAAGCAAGGGGCAUGUCUGCGCUGUAAGCGGUUGAAGCGCAAGUGUGACCAGAAGCAACCACAGUGCACUCAGUGCAAGAAGAAGCACCAGGAAUGUAGUCUGCAGGUGUUUCGCGUCAAUACUGUCCAGGAUUCGUCGUUACUGUUCAAGAGACCACGGCGACAACGUAAUAGAGCUACAGACAGCAGUUCAGAAAAAUCACCCGAUGCAGCGUUGAAUUACUUGGAAGAAAUUUACGAGUCUUCUAAGCUACCACCUGACCCAGAUUGUUCCCUUCAGGAGGAUGGACCAAGCAUCGCCUCAAUUCAUACCAGAUCACCCCUACUUUCUGAAUCUGAAGCAUCAGAGUCGAGUUUGACAAAGUCAUCGCACAAUUCACAUCGAGACCGCCAUGGAAGCCCUGGCUCGUGUAUUGAGGUUCCAGACUUCAUAAAACAGUCUGUGUCAAUCCUAUAUCCUCAAUAUUCCAUUCAAGCACCGCUCACCUCUGGUUUAAGCAGAGAUAUAGUUGAGUCGCCAGCAAGACGCUUAUUGUGGGACUACUUCGUCAAUCGAGCGUCUCGGGUGUUUCUCUGUUGGGACCCAAACGAUGCAAAACUGGACAAGGCAUACCGCGAUCCAUAUACAGAUAAUCUUCCCGUGCUGGCUGUUCAUAGUCGACCUAUGAUGUUGGCUUGUCUCGCCUUGUCGGCCUUUCACUCAGCUGGUGGUGGCCGCAGUCGUGAGGACUUAUCCCUCAUAACUUCAUUAAUGUUGGAAGCUGCAAAUGAACUUGCUGCUUCGCGCUGGCAGGGACCCCAGACAUUUGAACGACUUCUCGGUACCGUCGGUGCGGCUUCUUUGCUUUAUCUACUCAAGCCAAAGUGUUACAAGCAAGUCAUGACGCAUGUAGUACUGGAGAUAACGUGCAGAUAUCUCCCCAACACUUCGACGAGCUUGUUGAUCAAGCAGAAGAGAUGCUUCACCUGGCCAGGCAAACUAUAA